CUAGAUGCUCCACCAGCCUAAGGCCAGAGCACGAGGCGCUAGUGUUGAUAAUCGGACAAUCCAGGACCCCACUAAGAGGUGCGCCGGAUCUAGAGAAUUGCUUGACAGGCUCAAGGGAGGAUCCAAGCACAUGCAAGACGCACUGAUUGAUUUCUUUUUCUUUCUGCCUUUUAGAUUUUUUUCUUUCUUGUUUUUCUUUUCUUUUCUCUUGCCGAAUAAUGCAUCAGACCAAUCGGUCUCGAUCCAGACGCACUAGGAUUCGGACAGCAAGCUCCACCCCCUUGUCCACCGGAUGAGCGGAGUCCAGCAGUGACCUGCCACCAAUCUACGGUCGAGAAU